AUGACUUGUUAUUUGGUGGCAACAGCCGUAGCUGAUUUCUUUGCCAUCGUCUUUGGCUGCAUCCUCAACCGUAUCAGUGGCAUUUAUUUUCGGUACAGCAUCUUGUCCACCACACCGUUAUGCUCGCUCAGCCUUGUACUGAUCCGGUGCACACGAGAUGUCUCAGUCUGGCUAACAGUGGCCUUCACCUUUGACCGUUUCAUAGCCAUCUGCUGCCAGAGCCGAAAGGCCAAUUACUGCACUGAGAGAAAUGCAUCGCUGGUCACAGGAAUAGUUUGUGCGCUGAGCUGUAUCAAAGAUAUCCCUUUCUACUUCAUUUUUAAGCCCUUGUACAUCCUGGAAGGGGUUGCCUGGUUCUGUGACAUUAAGAUGCCUUUUUAUACCUUGCCAGUUUGGCAGGUGUACCACUGGAUGGAUCGCAUCUUAACCCCAUUUCUUCCGUUCUUCCUUAUUCUGUUGCUCAAUGUCUUGACGGUCAGGCACAUCUUAAUGGCCAGCAAAGCCCGUCAGAGGCUUCUGGGUGCCAAGAAUUGUGGAGACGCGGAAAUGGAAAACCGCAAGAGGUCCAUUGUCCUGCUCUUUGCCAUCUCGUUCAGCUUCCUCCUCCUGUGGGCCACUUAUGUCGGACAUUUCCUCUAUGUGCAAGUCACAGGUGAGGGUUACUACAGCGGCCAGGAUUCCACUGACCUACGUUUCAUCCUUCAAGAGUCAGCAAACAUGUUCCAGUUACUCAAUUCCUGCAACAACGUUUUCAUCUAUGUAAUAUCUCAGAACAAAUUCCGAGAAGAGCUGAAGAAGUUGCUGUUGUGUCCCUUCAUGUCCUGCACUAGAUGCUUUAAACGGUGA